AUGUUAUCUUGGUUUCGUAAUUUGUUCCAACACAUCUGGCACAGUCCAUCUUCUUCAUCUAACGAUCACGCGGUGAAAACCCAUGCAACUACCUCCGCCCCAUCCGCGAACAGUGAAGAAUGGACACCUAAUCUACCGGAUACCACAGUUUCCACUAUUCCGUCGGACUCUCCACAGCAGCAGCAGCAGCCUGUCACAGUGAAAACUGAAGUAACCAACGUGAGUUUGGAUGUGGAAGAAAAGACAGAGGAACCGGUUAGCCCGUUGGUCAAUGUGCGACCAGAGCAACAUGAAAUUUCAUCGUCAGCCAAUUCGGCACACUUGGUCACACAUCCGGAAGUCACAAUGGUACGUGCGAAUGUUUGCGAGGUCCCAGUAGGAGAACAUUUCUUAAUCGAUACUAAAGUAGAAGAACGGCUAGAACCGGUAAUGAUACAACCCCUGUCCGCAGAACCCGUCCCGGUUCCCUGUGUUCCUGAGACAGAGACUGACGAGAAAUUGGAGAUUGUAGAAGACAAGCAAGUGGAAGCAAGUGCGGGUAAAAAAGAAACUGAAGAAAAAGAAGAAAACAAACAGCGAGAGUUGGACAAAGUAGAAGACGAAGAAACUGCCGAUGAACACGAAGAAUCACGUGAGAAGGAGCAGGAGGCGGAGGACAAGCGAAGAGAAGAAGUGGAGGUGAAGAAAACAACCGUCACGGAAACAGUGCAAGCAAUUCCGUCCGAAGUAUUGCCGGAGUCAAAUGAGGAAACGAUGGAGGAAACAUCACUCACAGACGAAUCCUCUCGCAUGAACACUACUACUAUCCCGGUGGAAUGUGUGCAACUAAAGACCUCAACAGAUUUUGAAACUGAUGAAUUGGUGCACGGGACUGAGAGGAAGGAAGAAGAACUGGAUGAAGAGGAACGACAUGUGGAGAUUAGACCACAAGAUGAGGAGGACAAACAAGAAAUUCAAAAGGUUAACCACGAUGUUGGUGAACAUGAUAAAGAUGAUGAUAGUGACAUGGAAGCAGACAAUGAUGAAAGCGUAGAUCAUGAUGACGAAGAUCACCAUAAUGAACCCCGGGAAGAAGAGCUGGGUAAACAUCAAAUAGACGAACAUCCACAACCUCCUCAACUAAUCGAAUUUGACGUGUCACAAAUUUUGCCAGAACACGAGGCGAAACAAUCGACGCCUGAUGUUACAGAUCCGGAUUUGAAUCAGGCAAGUGCCGCAAUAAAGUUUGAAAAACCGGCGGAACAAUUAAUUCAGGAACUGCUAUCUUCCGAGAUUUGA